AUGUAUGAGGAGGAUGACGAUGAUAUGCAAUAUGGAGAGGGGGGUGAUCAUGAGGUUGAGGAGGAGGAUGACGAAGAAAUUUCGAGCGAGCAGUGGCAGGAAGCAUGUUGGGUAGUUAUCAGCGCCUACUUUGAUGAAAAAGGACUCGUACGACAGCAACUUGACUCUUUUGACGAAUUUAUUCAAAUGAAUGUGCAAAGAAUUGUUGAGGAUUCUCCUCCCGUGGAGCUGCAAGCUGAAGUCCAACAUUUUUCGGGAGACAUUGAAAAUCCAACCAAGUUUUCAUUGAAGUUCGACCAGAUUUAUCUGUCUAAACCGACCCACUGGGAAAAAGACGGAGCUCCAACCCCGAUGAUGCCGAAUGAGGCGCGGUUGCGCAACCUCACAUACUCUUCUCCGCUUUAUGUUGAUAUAACCAAGCAAAUCCAAAGAGACGACGAUGUGACAGAAAGGAAGUAUGAGAAGGUAUUUGUGGGAAAGAUUCCCAUAAUGCUA